AUGAAUCAUCCAUCACCAGAGAAGGAGCAGCAGCCACCUCCAGAACAGAUAAGGAGCACAGACAGGAGGCCUGCAUACAUGAGCAUCGCUGUGGUAGGAGAUGCUUUUAGAGAGCAGAACCCUGCUGCUCAGCUCGAGGGUCGCUCCGUCUGUGACUCAAACCCUGAGGAGAAACAUCACAGCCGAGUCAUUCAGGUUCAGCCUACAGAAAGUCAGCAGCACGCCUACAAUGAGCUGCUGGCCUUUGCCCAGCCGUGCUUGAGUUCUGCCAGACAGCUGGGGCUCAACUUCCCCUCGUGGGGAGACUUCAGCUGCUUGGCCCCGGACCAAACUCACUUCCUGCUGAAGCAGCAGGAGAGGGCCCUCUGCAGGAUCCCAGCAGAGAGCACAGAGCUCAUUCGGGACCAGGAGCAGCUUUGUAACCUGGUUGCCCUCAUCCAUGUGUUAGUGACAUUCAAAGAGCUGCUGCUGAAGUGUGACCUGAGCAUAGCUGUGGAGUACCUGACGAAAGCAGCUGAGGCGUGUGUGGAUCAAAGCCUGAUGAAGCUGCUGAGGAGGCUGCAGAUCAUCCUCUUCCUCAGCCAGAAGGAAGAAUCCAACUUCAAACUGCUGGAACUUCAGCAGCUUUUGGCUGAAUGGCUUGGAGGCAGAAAAGGAAACAAAAAUGCAAAGAAAAUGCUCAUCAUUCUCUCUGUGGAGUCUCAUGAAACCAAAUCCAUGAUAAUCAGCAACUUGAGUAAAGUUUGUGGAGCUGCUGUGAGAUCGGUUUGUCCCGAUGAGGCACAGAAGAAACUGAACGGUGCCAGUGUGGUCAGCCUCGUGUGUGACAGUGAUUGUGUACUGGUGUUUGAGCAACAUAUCGGCCCUGACUUCCCCUGGAGCUGCUUCUCUCUCUUGGUGGAAUAUGACCAUCCAGGCCAGUCCCCCUGGUUCACCGUCUGCAGUGAGAGGAGCAUCAGACACCUUUCCUUCAUCACUAGCUGCUCCAAUGCUGAUUCUGACAAAGUAUUUUGGUCUCUGGAGGAAAAAGUCCCGUUUGUGUUGUUAGUGACUGAGGGGCUUCUGAGAUCUCCUCUGCUGCUGCAAACACUUGAGUCAGGCUUUGGUGUAACUGUGCUGGAAAGGAGUCUCUGUCCCACACUGCAAAAACUCGGAGGGAUCCACAGUUAUGCUGUGAUCACAGUGGAUGAAAGCACCGCCAUCAUCAUACAGGAUCAGGAUGAACUGGGUGAUGAUGGAGCCAGUGAGGGACUGGUGAUAAGGCUGAGUGCUCUCUCUCUGCAAUACAGCUGCUGUUGGCUAAUCCUGCACUGCCCUGACAGUCAGAGUGGAGGGUCAGAGAAAACACAGACUUUAUUAGGCUGA